AUGACACAUUGUCACAUUUCAGAAACAAAGAUCGAUGAAAGGUUCAUUCGAAUGCUCCACAAAGCCUCCACCACACAGUCGACACAAGUAACUGGGCCCCUGAUUGUCAUGGAAACAGCCAGAGCAGCUCAAAGUAAUAUCAAAACACCCUCACCUAAAGGCAUUUCCCUUGUUUUUAAUCAGGAAGAAAACAAACGGAGAAAGGAUCUCGAAGACACAAUGAACAUCAUAAAAAACUCAAUGUUCCAGAAGAAAUUCGAUGCUUUAUCUCUAAACACUAACGCUUCUGUAGAACAUAUUGACACUAUACCUCUAAUACGAAGCACUAGAACCGUAAAUGACGCCAUUUCCCUUAAAAUUAGUGAGACAGCACGAACUGCAGCGCAGAAAGAAACACAUGAUACUAAAAGCAAUUCAAACGUAACUGGUAAAAUACUUAUCAAAAGACAUGAACAACACGCACCUAAAGAGCCUAAUGAAAAUGAUUGUUUCAAGACAGGCUUAGGAAAUACUCAACCAAAUGAACAUGGUCAUGUUGCUGCAAGACCAACUACAUCUGUGAACCGAAGUGAUUCCAAUAUUCGUGACCUAUUUUAUAUGGGCGAUGAUAGUCGUAUUGUAGACACAGGUACUAAUAGAACAAUCGCAAAAAAUGGUAAACCAGUUGAAACUGUUUCAGCAAGAGUUCAUCGAGAACGUGAGCGCAAUGAAGUUGAAACAACUUUAUCUCGUACUAGACAUAGUUUCAAUGGAAAUCAAAGUACAUCUCAAAACAAAGAGCCUGAACACAAAAUAUCCAGAAAAAGUUUCCCAAAUAUUUUUAAAAAACACUCAAAUGUUAAAAACGUAGAGGAUUCUGGAUUCACAAAAAUUGUUCACAAUAUUGUUUCAAAGAUAUCUACGUUAUCAAAACAUUCUAAUGUUGGAGCAAGAGACAAUACAUUAGACGUAAAGGCAAAGAAAAUUACUCUUGAUAGAGAAACUUCAAAUAACACCCAAGUUAACCGUGGUGUAGAUUCUGAUUCUAUUGAAAAUAAGAGAAUGCAACUAGAACACCGCAAUUUUCCAAGACGUCUGUCUUCUACGGGCCGGCCUGAACGUUGUUUGACAGAAAUUAUUUCCAUGAAACAAAACAAAUCAGACCUUUUUGUCACCAAAGCAAGUUCAAAUGUUCAUAGUGAUCAUUUUAAAACUGAAUCGAAAACAGAAAGUAUAAGAAAAUGUGAAUCUGUAAUAAAAUAUAAUAAUAUUGUAACAGACAUAGAACCUGCGAUUAUUAUUGCCAAAGAAACGUCUGUAAGCCAAAAAGAUCGUAGUCUGACUACUGUCGCCUCCAUGAAGUUAAAAGAUUUGAAGGAUAAGCCUAAAAUAGAAUUAUUGAAUACCCGUGAAACUGCACAAAUAGGCCAAAAUACCCAUCUUUUACAGAGUGGCUCUCAUAUAGAUGAAGACACAAUCACCAAGGCGAAGACCAUACAAGACCAAUCAGAACAUAAUCUUGUUAUUGAAGAGAUAUCUGAUACCCAAAGUGAUCCUAAUAUCACCACGCCAGAAAGAAAUAGACAGAGUAAUCCUAAUAAGUCAUCUAUAGAAGAAAGAUCAAAAGGACAAACUAAUCUUAUGAUACCCGAAACUGCCAAAAACAAUGAAAUAGGGCACAAGCCUGGUAGAGAAACAUCAAGUCCUGGAAUUGAAGGUGUCUCAAAAGUUCAGGCAGAAACCGCUAAACAAUCUGGUAUUGAUGGUAUUACACCACAAAAAUUACAAAUUAUUGACAAAAAUAUUAUUUUAAAUAUUCCAUCUAAAUCUUCAGCUGACAAUGCUAAUCUCAUUAAAAGCUGUUUUGAGUCAAAAUUUGAAACCGUUAUGUCGAGACUACCAGCUGUUCAAAAUACAUCUUCACAAAGUGAUCGUUACGAAACUGAGAAUGUAGUUAACAAACAAAGCUCUAACGUACAAAGUGUGCGGAAAGUAAUGGAAGCAAAAGUUUUUAUAAGUAAUGAGUCUAAACGCAGCCUUUCCAAAGACUCGUCCCAGAAUCGAAACUGUGCGGAUGAAACAACCAACCCUUCAAAUUCACCCAAGAUAAACGAAUCGAAUAGAAUUAAGAUCGAACAAAACACUACAGAAACAAUAAUUAAAGAAGGUGAAACAAGUCAUAAAGAAAAUACUGAUGAGAAUGUGACUAAUGGCGAAAAUAUUAAAAUAUCUGAAUCUAUGCAUACAUCAGCCCAAACAGAUUCAGUUCUAAUAAUUGACGAUAAUGAAGAACAAGUACCCAUAAUUUCUAGUGAAAACAUUUACAGUCACAGUCAUAGUGAUCGUAAUGUAAUUCAGUUUAGACUUGAUAAUAUGAAUAAACUUCUAUACACGCCGCAAAGCAAAAAAGAUGAUGAUUUAUCAGGAACUUCUGAUAAAAUGUGUGAAGCAGAACUAAAUGGAUCUAAAUAUACUUUUGGCUCCUACAGUGAUUAUAAAAGAAUUAGUGAUUAUAAAAAUGCGUUUUGUACAAAGUGUCCAUUUUGUCCCCAAAGUGAAAUGGGUUUCUCCAAAAUCGAACUCCCGUGUGCAGUCAGUGAUUCUAAUGAAAGCGAAUUCAUGUCAAUUGAUACUGAUCAGACGGUGCAGACAACAAGUGCAAGUUUUGAUGUUUCCACGUCAGCUUUUGAUGAUGAAAAUCAAAAUGUAUGUGACAAAAUUAUAAUGGCAAGAGAAUUAUCAGAACCAAGUAACGCUUCUAAAACUGAAGGUGGUCCAUCCCAAGUUACAGCUGCAUCAGGGAAUGACACCACAAUAAAAGACAGAAUUAGAGCUCUAUUAUUCCCACCAUUUAUCAAUGAGGACAUUAUAAUCUUAAAACCAAGCCAAAAAAAGAAAUAA